AAGUUUUAUUUUCAAUAUCAGGUAACAGGACAUUUCAGUGCUCUUCAACUGAGGAGUACCUUCUCAUUGAUGCUCUGUGUAACGGUGUCAAAGACUGUGAGAAUGGAGAGGAUGAGACUAAUGUUCUCUGUGAGAACAAGUGUCUCAUGCCAUACUACGGAGGAUGUCCCUACAAUAGGGAAUGCAUUCCGUCUGAGACUGGUGUCAGUUGUGGCGACUGUCUGCCUGGGUUUAUUGAGUAUUCAGAUGAGUAUGCAUAGUGAGAGCUGAAUUUGAUCAAAAUAACUAUUAUGGAAGUGCAAUGGAUGGAGUCACCCAAGACAUAUGUGUAAUUUUAGGUCUUCAGCAAACCCAGUUCGAUAUGGGAGAGGAUGCUUUACCUCCUAUCCAUGCAUCUAUCAUUACAUAUGAUUCUUUCGGUAGAGAACCCCAAGGACUAACAAACUCCAGUUUGUACUUUGUUAUCAGAACAAAUCAAACACAGUACUGCUUUCGCUCUCAGAUAGUUUUGGCCAUGUUUACUGCUCCAGUAGAUAGAUACAGGAUUGUUCUGACUGUUACUACUCUAGGCGUGCGCUAUGUUGAAGUUGCGAGACUGUUUAUAUAUGAGACCAUAUCUUACGAUGUCACUGCUGUCUUCUAUCCUAAUACCUUGACUGUGAGAGAGGAUGCAGAAAGGAGACUAAGAGUUUGCAUUUCACUUGUGUCUAGCAAUUCGUUUGAGAGUCCACUAAUCGAAGCUAGCAGUGUGUCUAUAGUGAUAUUCAACGACACAUCGUCCUCAUUAGAUUACGAAGGAAUGGAUGAAUCAAUCGAGACUCUCACUUAUUCUAAGGCUAAGGAUCAGUUUGUGACAAAUAGUUCCUCUAAAUCAACUUACAUGGAAUGUUUCCGUUUGAAAGUUGCCAAUAACGACCUUGUGGAAGGAAAUAAGACUGUAGUGCUGGGUCUGGCAAGCCCAACUGGUGUCAUAACACUGAUUCCUGAGAGAGCUGAUUCCCAAGCUACAAUCACGAUUGUUGAUGAUGAUCAUUACGUUACGGUCACUCGAGAGCAUAGCAGGUAUAAUGUGUCAGAGAAUAGAUUAUCAGUAGUGGUGUGUGGUGUGCUAAACACAUCAGACAUCAUUGAUUGUGCUGUAAACUACGAGUUUGAAGUCUCACUCAACCUUCGAGACAUGAGUGCUGUAUACCGGAAUGACUACGGACAUUCUCCAGUAUAUCUGAGGUUCAGUGCUUGUCAGAAUAAGGCAUGUGCAGAUAUAUCAAUUCUGAAUGACAACAUUACUGAGUAUGAUGAAUCCUUUGGCAUUGUACUGGAGAGGACCCCGAACCUUGACAGUAGGAUUAGUCUCAGUCCU